AUGGCUUCCCUCUCUGUUGUAGAGCCGCAAGAAAUGGAAGUGGAUCGGAGGGGAGAGUCCGAGGAAUCAGGCGACGACGAGACAAGGAGGAAAAGCAUCAAUGGCGACAUGGAUCCAAAUCAGCCUCCCGCCACGAAUAAAGAAGAGUCUCCCGUUGAAAUGGACACCAUCACUCUGGACCCAGAAGAGGAGGAUGUUGACCUAGUUCAUUGCCGUAUUGGAAAAAUUGAAGGACUCGAAGUACUACAGAAAGCAAAAACCCUCUCCCUAAGGCAGAAUCUGAUUAAAAAAAUUGAAAACCUGGACAGUCUAAGCUCACUACGAGAGCUCGAUUUGUACGACAAUCAAAUCCGCAAGUUGGAAAACCUUAACAAGCUCACGCAGUUGGAGCAGCUGGAUGUGUCCUUCAACCUUUUGAGGAAGGUGGAGGGUUUGGAGCAGCUGACUCAGCUGAAAAAACUUUUUCUGCUUCACAACAAAAUCGGCUGCAUAGCCAACCUGGGUCACUUAACCUGUCUGGAGAUGCUGGAGCUGGGCUCCAAUCGCAUUCGAGUCAUAGAGAACUUGGAUACGCUCACGUCUUUGCAAAGCUUAUUCCUUGGCACCAAUAAAAUUACCACGCUGCAGAAUAUGGACAGUUUGCACAGCCUGACCGUGUUAAGCAUUCAGAGUAAUCGGAUUACUAAAAUGGAAGGUCUGCAGAACCUGGUCAGCCUACGAGAACUCUACUUGAGCCACAAUGGCAUCGAGGUCAUCGAGGGCUUGGAAAACAAUAAAAAGCUGACAACUCUGGACAUCGCGGCGAACAGAGUGAAAAAGAUUGAGAACAUUAGUCAUCUAACGGAGCUGCAGGAGUUCUGGAUGAACGACAACCAGAUCGACAACUGGUCGGAUCUGGACGAGCUGAAGAACGCCAAAUCGUUGGAGACUGUCUACCUGGAGAGAAACCCGCUGCAGAAGGACCCGCAGUACCGGCGGAAGAUCAUGCUGGCGCUGCCCAGCGUGCGCCAGAUCGAUGCCACCUUCAUCCGCUUUUAA